GAGGAGGCCUGGUGCGAAGUAUUAUUUGUCACUCGUUUUCUUGUGAAAAAAGGGAGGUCGAUUUCGCCGGCCACUAGCGAGCGAGGGACGCACGAAGCAAGUGAGAGCUUGCGAGCAGCAGGAAAAGGAAGCCAGGCAGAAGGAAGGAAGGAAGGCAGGCAGGAAGGUCGACGGGCGCGUAGACGAGGGCGAGAGCGAGGACGAAAGAGGGGACAGGCAGUGGGGAGAGAGACAGAGAGAGAGAAAGAGACGAGGGGUGAAGGUGAUAAGUACACAUGGUGCUGGUGUCAUAAAGAUUUUAGGUAAAGGGCGGAUCCAGAGGAAGGAAGCAAGGGAAAGCGAGGGACCUCGACAGCGGGGCGAGGUUUUGAGGCGCAGAGGAGGAGGAGGUCGAGGAAUAGAGAGAGGGAGGGCGAGCGAGCGAGCGUGUGAGAGACGGAGCAGAUUUUGUAGGAGAGUGGCGCCAGGUGAGGAGGAAGACUCGAGGAUUUUGGUGGUCUGGUGGUGGAGGUGUGAGAAGAGGAGGAGGGCAGGAGCAGGAGACUUGGUAGUUGCGGUUAAGGAUAUAGGGAGGAGAUAAGUAGACAAGAAAGAGAGAUAGUUUCGCGAAGAAUAGUGUGUGCAAAAGAGGAGACGGACCGUGGCCACUCGAGGAAGAGUAGGAAGAAGACGACGAUUUUGAGAAGAACAAAGAUGCGAGGUUGAUGAGCGAUGGAGGAUGACCCUGCCAAGUAACCCCACCUCUGCUGCUGCAACUUCUCGAGCCCUGGCUCAGCAACGUUACAAUCAGGCUCUUGAGCUUGAAAAACAGCUAAGAACUUUGCUUCAAGGGAAGGGGCCGUUUGAUCCCAGUGUGAGGGCACUCCGUAAUCGGAUUUGUGAGAGCUAUGAGGCCGUUAUCCUGGAAGAUCAUGAGUUCGCUGAGUCCCAAGAAGUUGAGCAAUCAAUCUGGCGAUUGCAAUAUAAAUGCAUUGAAGAGUUUAGGGCUCGGAUUCGCAAGAGCACAGCGACCGCUGCUGCCGCAGCUUCAGCUCCUGCGAUUCCAAUGCCAGGAGCUAAAGUAUCUUCACGGAGAGAUUCGCCUGUCAAAAUUCUUGCCGUGUUCAAAAGCUUUCUAGCUGAAGCGACUGGAUUUUAUCACAACCUGAUCCUAAAGCUCAGAGCAAAGCACGGACUACCGCAGGACUACUCUCCGUUCGAGGUGGAGCAGGGUGGUGUCUUAAGGGAUGAGAGGCGGACGGCGGAACUGAAGAGUUGUGAUCAAUCAUGUCAUCGCUGUUUGAUCUUUUUGGGAGACCUUGCAAGGUACAAGGAAUCGCAUGGAGAUGCAGACGUGCGUAGUCGGGACUGGUCUGUUGCAGCUGGGUACUACCAGCAGGCGAUUUCUCUGUGGCCAUCGAGCGGCAACCCACACAACCAGCUAGCGGUGCUGGCAACCUAUGUGAAUGAUGAGCUGCUAGCAGUGUAUCGUUAUUUUCGCAGCCUUGCAGUCGAGAGUCCGUUUCUUACUGCAAGAGACAACCUGAUUAUUCUCUUUGAAAAGAAUCGAAAUCAUUAUGCUCAACUUCCAUAUCACGAGUCUGCGACUGGCGGGAAAGUGGACUCCAACAAAACUUCUGCCAAGCCAAAAGCAAGCAGAGGAGAUCGAAUCGUACCAGUCGGUGAUGGAGCGCUGAAGCUUGCGGUGAAAGAUCAUCAACUUGAAGGCGUAGAAAUCGGAGAAAUGCGCAAGCGCUUUCGCCUUCGCUUUGUUCGACUGAAUGGAAUUCUCUUCACGAAGACAAGUCUAGAGACUUUUUCUGAAGUGUACUCGGCCACUGUUCGAGAGCUUGAAGAACUGUUAUCUCCCGAGGACUCUAUAUUGGAAGCGGGGCUUGGUGCAGACCAUCGAAGUGGUAUUGGAACAGGCAGCGGUGGAGCUGCAGGGUUUUUGCAAGUGAUCGCUAUUCUUAUCUUCACUGUGCAUAACAUAAAUUGGGGUCCUGAUUCACAUCAUCCAACUUAUGCCGAAAUAUUGCAGCGUUCUGCACUUUUUCAGCAUGCUUUUACCGCCGCAUUUGAAUGUGCUGGCCGCCUAAUGCGCAGGUGCGCAGAUUCCAGAGUAGUGUCAAAAAGUCCGCUUCUUCCGGCAAUGUUGGUAUUCCUAGAAUGGCUGGCAUGCAGGCCAGAGAUGGCUGCUGGUAAUGACGUUGAUGAGAAACAGGCUCAUGCGCGAACAUUUUUCUGGAGACAGAGCAUUUCUCUCUUGAACAGCUGUUCUGAAGUCAACAAACGUCACGGAGAAGGUGGAUUGGAGGGAGGUCUGGCAGGUGGUAUUGGAUAUGGAGAUGAGGAAAGUGUCGGUGGAGUUGCAUUGUGGGAAGAUUACGAACUCCGAGGCUUUGUUCCUGUCAUUCCAGCGCAGCUCACGUUGGAUUAUUCCAAGCGCGCUCCACGCGUUGGAUUAGGAGAUACAAGGGAAAGGGAGGUCCGUAUCCAGAGAUUGUUGGCCGCUGGAAAAGCCAUUGCUAGCGCUUUAGAGGGUACUGAAAAGGGCAUCUAUUACGAUGACGACGGAGAGAGGUUCGUCUUGGCUGGAGAGUUGCGGGAGAAAAAGGACACUCAUGUGGAUGCUCCUAGCGCGCAGGACAAUGGCAGGGCGUUACCAGAGGAGAUUGUGGAUGAAGAAAGUAUGUCAGGAGGCAGCCGGGUAAAAGAGUCCUUUGAAGUUAAUAAUUCGCUUCUUUCAACGGAAAGUACCUUUCUUCGAAGAGAGGAAGAAGAUGAGGAACUGAUCGUUUUUAAGCCGAUGGUGAAGGAGAUUCAAACCAACGUCUCUCCGUCUGAGGAAACCUGGAAGAAUGUCGUUGCCGUACAAGUUCCUAGCGUGAAGGUCGAUACGCCUGCUGCUGUGGCACCUGGUUUCCUGGGCUCCGAGAACCUAGACGUUUCGAGGGUACUCACGGGAGUUCUUCAGAUGCCUCCUCUAGACGUCCAACGGCCGACUUCAACUGCCUCCAACAUGAGGCCAGAAUCUUCAUUGCUACCUACUCCGACUGCUGCAAGUGGAAGGCAGUUUGUUACGGAAACUCCAUUGCUGCCAAGUCGGAAUUUGGGUUCAACGGACCCAGUGUCCACAACCUCCGUCACAAGCACGGUAUCAGUCGGAACAAGCCCCUCGAGCACUGCUAGUUCGCCCUUGGCUGGGUUCAUGUCUGGAUUACCAGGGACCCAUGCCUUGGCUACUGAAGAACUGGGAGGACUGAACGGUACUUAUGGUUUCCCACCGAGCUCAGCAGAGGACUGGUUAAACCGUAUAACUGGGUCUUCUUCCGGCCCAACAACAUCCUGGGAUGUGCAGUCUGAAUCCAAUAUCUUCAGCAACGGUACGGAGAAGUUUGCUGGAGUGAUUGGACAACCAAAACAAGCUGCCGUAAGCAACUCGUUGUGGAGUACUAACCUGGAUGGUAUAACUUUAGCGGGACUGACAAGUUUAUCACUUGGCAGUUCAGAUUAUAAUCGUCCACAAGUUUCUGCGAUGGGGACCCUUCCACACUCAACAAUGUCUUUAGAUAGCUUGAUUCAAGCUUCAGUGAAGGAAGCUCCUACUAUCCCAAACGGGAUGUUCUCUAGUGGGGAUUUGCAUGUGCACAGCAGCCGAAAUGGUUCAAUUGGACGUUCGUAUUCUCAGUCUGCUACAAUGACAGCAGAAAGAGAGUCUUCCGCCGAGGCAGAGCUGAGUAAGUCGUCGCUGGCUUCAGCGAACAAGUACUCAAAUGCCAAUGAUGGAGCAUCAACGAACCCAGCCGUUUCAACAAACAGCGUGCAAAACUCCAAAGAUACACCAACAAGUGCGACUAGGACUGGGAUGCGACCUCCUCCUGGUUUUGGUCCACUUCCCACGAAAGCUUCCUCUACUGCCUCGAGUGGAGCAAUCGAAAGUCAGCAAAAUGUAUCAAAGAUAAUUCCUAGUUCACGCGGUAAUGAGAGAGAUGAGCAUCAUGCAGUUGAUGACUAUGGUUGGCUCGAUGACUAUUCUAACAAGGGAAAUAUUGGUCAGACGGGUUACUAUCAAGGUCAGGGUUCUUCUUUAUAUAGCUCAGACUACGGUAUCUGGUCCAGUGGAGCUAUGAACACUCCAGUCCCUGGCGGAAAAGCCACGGCAGCUACAGUGUACCCUUUUCCGGGAAUGGGUGCUUCUCAGCAGGAACAGCUAUCCAACCGUAGAGAAAUUGACAACCAAAGACAACAGUACACCUUAUUGGAGCAGCUGUUACAGCAGCAACAGCAGCAAGAGCAGCAGCAUUUCGAGAGCCAGAGGCUUGGUUAUCGAGUCGAUCAGCCACAGCUUCCAUAUGGGGCUCAGCAGUACGAUUAUGAUUCUCAACAGCAAUACCAGCUUCAGCAGCAUCAACUUCUUUUGUUGCAGCAGCAACAACAACAACAGCAGCAGCAACAGCAGCAGCAGCAGCAACAGUGGUAUGGGCAGUACCAUUCACGGGAUCCUUUUGUGUCGUAAAACUACUAUGUCUCGUCUGGUGAACUUCUCAGUCUGAAUGCUAAUCCUAGAAGUGCACGCUUAUGUGUGCAAACACUUCUGGGCCAUGAGAAACUUCCGAAGGAGCUGUUCAUUGUGGUUGGAAGUCAUUUCUAGGACUCUGAUGCCUGCAAUUAUCCCAAAUUGGUCCUCAAUGAUACCAAUUUAGACCGCCGAUGGAAAGAAGGUCAACGCUCACAUUCCCGCCCGGGCCCACAUGGGUGAAGGCUCAUUCACCCUCAUCUUAUGUAGCAUGGGAAAAUUCGACAUAGAUUAAGGGGGUGCUGCUCUGGAAUGGAAUCCGAAUGAUUACUGAGUGUGCUUUCGGCGAGCGUGGAUGAGAAACUGGUGAUCCUCUAACCCAGCCCAGCUGUCACCUGUUGUCGGAUGGCUUUUGCCCUCAAAUUCUAUGAGCUUGGAUCACCUACUGCCGUAGAGAGAAGAAUCUGAAGAGAGUGCAGGCUACAGAUGUAUCAAAUGCUUCAGAGUUGGAAAUACUUGGUAUGCUCUGGUUCUAGUUAACUGCAAUGGUCAUGCGCAUCAAGGUUGAUAUCAAGCGACCAUGCUAUGUGGCUACAAGUUAUGAUCAAGCAACACUCCAGUCUAGGAGUCGUUGUGGAACCCGCUUGGCUUCGCAGGAUGUUGAUGAAAUGUUUCUCUUCUCAAAGGGAGGUUGCUCCUCCAACUUGUCUCCUGGACCUGAUGCGGGUUUUUGCAGAAGAAUCUCUUCAGCAAAGCAGGUGGACUAUUCGAAUGUUGGGAAAUGCUCUUCGUGUAGUUAUGAGAUGCAGUUUAUGCCUAUACCGUAUGGAGCUUUUAGGUAGCUGGGUGGAAGCAGUAGACACGGUUGGAUAUCAUCCAUCAUUGGACCUUGAAAGGAGGGUCCUUAUGGAGAGCUUUACGCGACCGUGGUUUUAGUUUGAAGCUUUACAGGCCAGGGGUUUCAGCAGGGAUUUCUAAUCUGAAACCUGUUUCAAAUUCUGUUCACUACGACAUAAAUAAUCUGGCGAUGUAAUGAGCUCGAUCUGUUGAUUUGUUCCAAGUGAAUUGCUUUUCUAUCGG